UAACAAUAUAUAAAAAAACUAUUUUUGUGUUUAUUAUUUAUUAUAUUUAAACAAUAACACAAAACAAUAAGUUUUUUUUAAAUCUAAUUAAAUCCUAUCAAUUAAUAACUAUUCAAAUUAAUUUUCAUAAAUACUAUUUAUUGUAAUUAUUUUUUUUAAAUUUUUACUUCAAGUAUUUUAAUUAUCACUUAAAAAUCUGUAAAAAAAAUCAGCCGACAAUGUCAAGAGUGGUCGGACCGGAAGAUGAAGAGGUCUAUCGUAACCUUUUGCACACCGAACUGUUUAUCGAUAAUGUGGCCAAAGAGUUCAUAUGUCCGAUAUGUUUGUCAAUUAUCAACGACCCGGUUCUUAUCAGUUGUGUGGCACAACAUAUGUUUUGUCGGCAAUGUAUUACUGCUAGCCUUCAGACAAAAUCCGAGUGUCCUGUAGACCGUCAGUCCGUUACAGUCAAUGACAUUCGGCCGCAGCCGGCAUUCAAAAGAGUUAUCGAUGGCCUACGAUUGCGAUGUCCUAAUCAUGGGGAGGGCUGCCAAAGGACUGGUACCGUAUCGGAUAUGCGAAGUCAUGUAUUCGAGUGCAGUCGCAAUCUGUGCGGUACUCGUAAACAAACAACUACCGGUACCAACAAUUCAAUGUCAAUAAAAGUAGUAUUUAAAGGCAAAUUACCAUAUAUUUUAUCGGUUAACCAAAUGGACACUGUUUUGACAUUAAGACGACGUAUUGCCGAUAAAGAGGGUUUAGAUAUCCGAUAUGUAGAGAUCAACUCACAGGCCGGUAAAGUACUCAAUGAUGACAAUCGCAAACUAAGUGAUUGUAAUGUCAGAGAUGGUUCACUGGUCUGGUCUACCCAAAGAUGUGACGGCGGUUUUUAACAACCAAUCUAUAACUAUUUGAUUUAGUUUUGUAGUAAACUUUUUUUCUAA